AUGUGGAGCCUUCAAAACCUGCUGUUCAAUCUGUGCAUUGUUCUGAGUCAUGUCACCAGUGAAGCAGAGGUGAUCCAUGUGUCUGGAUAUGAAGGGAGAGAAGCUAAAGUUUCUUGUCACUAUGAAGAGGGUUAUGAGUCUUAUGAAAAAUACCUGUGUAGGAAUGACUGUGGUGAUGCUGAUGUUCUGAUUACGACCACAAUAGGAAAGAAAAGCAGAUACUCCAUCUCUGAUGACAAAAGUAAUAAAGUCUUCACAACGACCAUCUCUAAUCUUAGACCUACAGAUGCGAGGAAAUACUGGUGUGGGGUGACCAGGACUGGAAAGGAUAUCUACACUGAAGUAAAUCUGGAUGUAAAACCAGACCACUGCUGUGAACGUUUCACCAAAGUCCAAGGUAAUGAGGACAGUUCAGUGUCCAUCAGUUGUCCAUACGAGUCUGAGGACAGGUACAACCUGAAGUACAUUUGCAGAGGAAACAAGCCCUCCACAUGUCUGCAGGAGGCAGCAGUCACCUCUAAAACCAAACAAAAUGGACAGUUCAGCCUUAACGAGGACAAAACGUUGAGGAAGUUCACAGUGACCAUUACCAGUUUGACCCAAAAGGAUUCUGGGAUGUACCUUUGUGGUGUCCAAAGAAACACCGGCCUGGAUGUCUUCUCUGGUUUUAAACUAGAAGUCAAAGGUGAGAGGUCAUGUCUCUGUUUCAUCAUAUUGCAGUGAAACAUU